CCUGGCCCGUUUCCCGGCCCCGGUGCCGCCGCUUCCUCUCGGGGAGCCGCGGGGAGGGGGCACAAGGGGCUUCUCGUCCCGCCGGGUUGUUAUUAUUUGUUUUUUUCCGGUCGGCGCUCCAGAGGGGGAGGUGGGAAGAGCCAAAGGCGGCGGUACCCCCCGCCAGCCCCCCCUGCACUGCAGCACAUGGGAAGCAAAAGUUUUCUUCCUCCUCCUGCUCUCUCCUCUCCGCCGGCUCCCCUGGUCCCCCGGCCCGGUUCCCCAGCUGCACGAUGGCUCUGCCGGCACCUCGGCUGCUGCCCCCGGCCCCCGGCGCCGCGCUGCGCUUCUCCGCGAUGGCCAACGAGGAGUAGAACGCUGCCGGAGCCUCUUCCGCUUCUCUGAGGGCUUGGAGAAAAAGGAGCGAAGGCGAGACUUGCGAUCGCAUCUUGCAGAGGGAUCUGCGGAUUUGUGGAGGAAAAGGGGCUGUUGCGGGGGAAAAAUAAUCUGAUGGUUUAGCAGCGCCUGGGAGGCAGCGCUACAUCGUUUCACUUCGGCCCCAUCAUGGGUACCGGGAUGUGUUCGAGGCGGCAGAAGGGGCUCCUGCAGACCGGGUUUUGCCUGGUGACUGUGGCGUGUCUGGGCUCGGGAGUUUUCAUGUACAACCACUUGCAGCAGAAGGUGCGGAACGCCGAGGCCGUGGCUCAGAAAUACAAACAGCAGCAGGAAGCGCUGUCAGCCCAGCUCCAAGUGGUAUAUGAACACAGAUCCCGGCUGGAACGAUCCUUGCAGAAGGAGAGAGGGGAACACAAGAAGACGAAGGAAGAUUUUUUAGUGUACAAGUUAGAAGCUCAGGAAGCUCUCAACAAGGAGAAGCAAGAUUCAAUGAACAGAUACGGGGCCCUCAGCUCUCAGCACAAGAUACUGAAGAACCAGCAUGAAGAUGUCAAGAAGCAGCUGCUCGACCUGCAGCUGCAGCACAACAGCUUGAAGCUGGAACAUCGUAAGACACUGGAGACCCAUAGCCAAAAAUACGCCCAGCUGCAGCAGGAGAGGGACAGCGAAGUCACAAACCUGCAGGAUACAGUCUAUAAACUCAGAGAAGAGAGCAAGCUCCUGCGCAAGGCCCACCAAGAAGUUCACUCGCAGCUCCUUAAUGCCCAGGCCCAGAUGGAAGAGUUCAGGCAGCUCAAGGAGGCUCUCCAGAAGAUGCCAAGUUUCAAAGGAGGAGGAGGAGGAGCUGGGAAGGGGCAGCAGCCAUUCCAGGGGCCGAAGGAGCAGCCCGUGGUCCCAGCCAACAACCAGCUGCAGCUCGUGAGGCAGAAGGCUUUUCCAGUCAAUCAGGAGAAUCGCCCUCUCGGGAACCCGCUGGCAUCACAAGUGUCUGGGGUGCAGAAGCCGGCGGACGGCCCCAUGCCGCCGGGACAGAACCCGUACGGUAUGGAUGGCCCGAGGCCCCAGGCCAGCAUGCUCCUCACCCACCCGGUCCCGCUGCAGGACACCAAUUCGCUGCCGGACGCCGUGGCAGCCUGGCCAGCGAGACAUGGGGACGGCCGCGUCAUCCGAUUCACCCGCACCAUGAACAGUCUACCAAAUGGGAACCCAGAUCUAAAGAUGGUGAUGCGCAUCCAGGUGAAAAGUAACGAGGAGAGCCAGGCUCCUGGGUUGUCACCGUCUGAUCCGAAACAACCCUCUGCGGCAGAAAAUCCCCCGGCGCCAGAGAACCACCACUCUACAGGGAGCAAACAGACGCAAAUGAAAAGCUGGAAAGACAUAGUGAACAAAGUGAACACCCAGAUGGAUGAAGAACAAGUGCCCAGUUACCCAAAGAACCUUCAUUUUGAUCCCAAGCAAGAGAUGCAGAACAGCAGCCCCCAGCCAUCCCACCAGAAGAGACGGGAAGAGCAUCAAACAGCCCAUCAGGGGGGCAAGAAGGAAAGGACAGAUGAUGAGGAACUCGAAAUGGAUGCAGGAGUGAUUGAGAGAGAGAAGAAUUUCCAUUCUCGGAAGAAAGAGACUGUGGUCCAGGAACCACUGAUGCCAGAUGAUGCUGCAGAUCCUGCCCAGGAUCCCAAUAACCAAGGGGAGGAUGAGUUUGAAGAAGCUGAGCUGGAGAGACCUGACUUUGAAGAGAAGGCGGGAGAUUUGGAGAAGUUCAAGGAGCCCAGCAUGCAAGAAGAGUCCAGGGAGAAGCCACUCAAGGACGCUGGCAGACCUGCCAAGCCCAGGGAAGACCCACUAGAUGACUACCAAGACGAUCAGGAGCAAGAAAUUGUACGACACCAAGGAGGAUCAUGGAGGUGAGGUGGAUGACAACGAUGACCUGGAAGUUGUCCAAGACCAGAAGGACCACGCAGGCGUGCAGGGCAAUGGCAAGAAGGAGGACUACUACUGAAAGGUGCUGGAGGAGAAUGGAAUACGCGAGGAAUGAGGGGAUGGGAACUCCUCCUGGAACUGGCUCCUGAUUGAACACUGCCCAGGGCAAAGGCAGGAGGAGACAACCGUCCUCACAGGCGCUGAGCACGGUGUUUGUGGACGUGCGUUGCAUCUACGUGUGUGGGGCCGUUGCUGCCUCUGCGGUGAACAGCAUGGAAGUGCUCUCAGAUUAUAGGAAUGAUUUUUAUCCUGCUGCUUCUCUUAGAAGCAUUUUUUGAUUUAUUGUGUUCUUUACCCUCUUGUUUUCCCUAUCCCCUCCCAAGCUGGAGAGUUUUGGUUGUAUUUUUAGCCCCCUGUGCAGCAGAGGGGUGCUGAACUGACCCCGGGACUUGCUCAGCUGAUUGCUGGUACAAAGGAAUCCGUCUUCAUAAAAUACUGUGCUCCGUAGUGUUUCUUCAAGACAUCCUUUGCUCCCAUCAGAGUCAGGUGGAGGGGAAGUUGCCCUGCUGCUUGUCUGGAGCAACACAAGGGUGAUGGCCAACCUGAGCACCAGCAGAAGCAACUGUGUGCGUAUGAACAGCUGGAUGGUGCAGAGACCUUUCCCAGUGAUGCAGAGUAACCCACUAAGGAGCUCACUACAACACUAAAUGAGGUUUAAGAUAUCCAAAAUGACUCGAAGUGGUUAAUGCUGCGUUAGUGCUUUAUAUUACCAACCUUGCUGCGUGAUGCAAUCCAUCCCGGCCUCCAUGGUCUGCUAUAAAUAGCACGUUCAGAAUAGAUUAGCUGGAGCUGCAGUUAUCGGUUCAGAUGCAUCCUGAUCAAAAUGCCUCCAAUUCUCAGCUGGGCUGGUGAGUUGUUGUUGUUUCGUGGUUUAGCACAGGAUCGAUGACCAACACAGUCUGUGGCACGAGCUUCAAACCUGCGUGCCCAAGCUGCCCCCGUGAGAUACGUAGUUCCAGCAAUUUGUCUGCCGAAUUUUGUUUGCUGCUCUUCCUUCCCUGGUUCUCUCAGGCUGUGACUGUCAGAGCGCUCGAGCUCAGACCUUCCUGGAAAUGAUUCAAGUGCUGGAAAUAGAACCCGAGUGGGGGUGAGGCUGCAUGCUGAUUCAGAGAGGCUGCAGGAGCUGAAUUAGGAGGCAAGUCCUCUGCUUUUGCAUGUCUAGGAUGAGUAAUCCUCAAAGUUAUGACUUGGAGGGAGCUGUAGCAACUCAGCCCUAAAUGUAAAGCUCCCCGCGAGCAGAAUGCUUGAGCAACCAUAUGUUGUAUGCUGCCUGUAGCUGAGAACUGAGCAUCUCUGCUCUGGGGAUUGUCUGCCCUGGCUGUGUCCGAGAUUAAAAUUAGCAGAAUGUUGCAUAAAUUGUUAGCUAUGGGUGCUUAGUGCUUCCUCAUCCAGUCUAUAGCAAGUUGCCUCCAUUUUAAUACUGGUUCACUGUUGCCUCUAACUGGAGAUGAAACAGGAGGCAAUAAACUCCGUGGAGGAGAACUGGAAAAGCAGUGUUGGGUCUGUCUGAAAGCCUGUAAAGCGAUAUAUGGAAUGUUACUGGGUUUGAUAUGCUUUGCCUAAAGCAAAUAGUGUUUUGCCUGAGCAGUGAACUGCUGGAGAGAUAUACACGGCAAGUCUAGGCUGAGCUUUAUUGCCGACUGGGGCACAGAAGAAGCUUUUAAGAAACAGCUGGAUUACUAAGAGAGCAAACAAUGAGACAAAGUGUUUGUGUGAAGCCAGUGCUGGCAGACUGACCAAGCCAAAGCAUGUGGGUUUUGCUUGUCUCUUGCAUAAAUAACUGUCUUUUGCUUAGAGACGUGGUGCAAGGCUGAAGGACAUGGUGCAGGGUUAAGGUGUAGUUAACCUGUAGUGCUGUUACAGAUUUUUUUUGAUGGGUCGCUCUCUAUUUUCCUUUGGACUCCAGCAAGAAGAUGUUGAUUAAUUUCUGUAAACAACUACAUUUCCAGGGUUCACAAGAUGUCAAAGCAUUAAGUGGUUUGGCUACAUCUUUAGCCAGAUGAUGAGAAUUAAUAGCACAUUCUCUGCCCUUACAAAUAAAGGCAUGGAUGAGGAAAACAUAUGCCUAUCCAUUAGUUAAAUGAAAUCUCUGUUUAAUGAAGCCUACUUCUCUGUAAUCCACUUCUUCCUUGGAAACCUGUUUAGGAUUAUUAGGCUCAUUCAUUUACAUGGGAUUUUUCAGGGGUUAAAAUGUGACAAUCUAAUAGGAGUUUAAUGAGAUGUUUUCUCUCAGACAUCUGAAGUAGUUGCAUAUACUGUAGAUGUGAACUGUCUGCAUAUCCCCAACCCAACCACCUCCUGCCCACCCUCGUUUCUCAGAAAGGGCUGUUGGAUCUUCAGUUUUCCAUCCUGGCUGGAACUUCCACAGGUAAGUUCUCCUCGGCCACCCACAAGUGCCUUCAGCAGCACAGCACCUCCCGUUCUCAUACCCAAGUGAUUUCCAAGGACAGCAGCCAUUACUACAACUCUAGCAUCCUUUUCUAUGCCAAUCCUUGUCUUUUUCAUUGAUUCCUGUUGAAACUGCUUGUUACCAAAAGAGAGUUCUGGCAACUUUCUCCCUCUCCCUGACAUUAAAUUGGGUUAAAAACUAGAUGGGAAAAUAGCUUAUGAAAUAAUACAUAUUGUGAAAUUAUGUUUAAAGAUUUUCUUAAACCAUAUACAUAAGACAAGUCUUUCAGACACAAAAAGGUGUCCUGAUAUGAGACCAUUUGGCCAUAUUGCUGUUCAAUGCAUCAGAAAAACAGAACUAUUUAAACAAGUUCCACAUUGCUGCAAAUUCUACUUUGUAUAUAUGUGGGUUAUACCUACAAUGAAGUCCAAGGUGUAUGAUUUGGGUUUGUUUUUUUGUUUAGGUUAUGAAAUAAAAGUAGGCUUCAGAAUCUUAUUUUUGUUAUUAUUAAACCUACAUAAGAUAAUAAAUACUUUUAAAUAAA